AUGUCCCAAGGCGGACCUUUCUGGCCGGCGACUGGACAGCCCCAAAGCUAUUUGAGCCCACAGGGAGAGCUGACUGGCUUUCGCUACUCGUACAUCCCCACUAUCGUGUACCAGCCGGUUCUUGUUCACCAUUCAGCGCAGUAUCUCGACCCUGCGACACUGCGAGCCUUACCUCAAGGCCAGAUCCCGGUUGGUAGCAGACGAGGCGCCUCUGUCAGCAGCGGAAUGUCCCAUUUUGGAAGUUCGUACCCGUUGGCACCACCUUCAGCACCCGUGCCAAGACGUGUGCACCCAACGCUUCCCCAGAGCCACCAUUCCAUGCUAGAAGGAGCCAAAGCCGUAGAGCCUCGAGCUGGGAUGUCGUCAAGGGUGGGAGAAAUGAGCAACGACUUUGAAGCUGGAUCCUCGCGAGGGGUGCAAGAAACAGAGCCGCAUCAGCACGAGGUGAGCUUGCCCACGGAGCCAUCUGCCACCAGGCCUCUUCUGCCGGUCGCUUUGCUUCCCAAUACGGUCCGCAAGAGAAAGCAACAACGAAAGCCCGAGCUGUCCGCGCUAGAACGUGCGAUCCGCGAGCGUCAAGAAUCCGAUCCGCUCGAAUUGCCGCUCCGUGCGGAUCAGAUCCAGAGACAGCUUGUUCGAGACCCAAAAUUCUUCUCUGGUGCUCCUUUCCGCUUGUCGACGCGUGCUGAUCCCGAGAUCAGCCUCCUGGUCAAGCGUCUCAGAUCUCCAGAAACAACCUCCGGCGCAAGCGAACAUGGGCAAGGCAGUCAGGAACAGCUCGCCGGACAGUUCCCAAAGAACCUGGACCAAUUUCUCAGGUCAUUUUUCUUUCACAGAAAGAAAGCUAAGCAGGUUCUGCUUCGCACCCAUGACGGCACGAGAAGCUUGCUCGUCAUCUACCUUACCGAGACACAGAGGCUGUCCCACACGCACUUUGACAGUCACGUCAGCGUUUGGGAGUUCGCCCCCUCGGGCUGUGUGCCGGCACCCAGUUCGCGAUGCGUCCUGGACCUGUACUGCUACGGCUUCUACCCCUUCUCCGCAUCCGACUUUCUGGAUCUGGAUGCGCAUCCGCAAUCCACAGGCCAAAGCUACUGGAUCGAGCUUAUCAGCAAAGUCGGUGUGAAGCCAGACCAGCAGCUGCCCCUCAUCGUCUCCGCCGCGGAACCCGACACCGCUCAGAUAGAUGCGUCCGUCAUGACUCAGGAGGUGGAACACCAUCCCGAGAUCCAAGCACUGCUCCAGUCGGGUGAGAUUCAGCGAGCCCUCUCGACCAGCUCGUACGUGGUCGGCAGACACCUGUACGUCGUUCAGGAGUUUGCGCCUGAUGUCAUUGCGGCCAUCGGAAGAUGGGAGCGCGAAGCUCAACUUCCAUCCCGUACUUUUGAUCCCGUCAAGCUCGAUGAGAAGCAGAUCGACCUUUUACCUCAACUGACUGUUGCCGCGUAUCGCAAGGGUAAGCAUGUCAAGGUGGUCACGGAGCCGAAUGGGGAGAUGUACAUGUUGGAGUUUCACAGCAGACUGAGAUGGCUACAGCAGCACCCUCGCGGAGUAGUGACCGUGUGGAAGCUUGGGCCCGAGGUGAGCCAGAGGAGACUUCUCAUCUUCAAAGGCAGCUACCGGAUCAAAGGGCAAGAUUUCUAUCAGCUGACUCCUAGGAAUGUACACGGUCUGCGCGAUUCUUUCUUCAAGUCCAGCCAGGUAGAGCUGCCGUAG